UCUCUCCUGAUUCUGGACACUUGCAAGUUCUCACACCUGGAAGUCAAGCAGGUUCCGUUUCUCCCAGGAUGCAUCCAUCUCAAAGGGGCAGCAGCAGCAGAUGGGUGCCUUUGAGGGAGAGCUGGAGACAGAAGCUGGAAGAACGGCUCUCAGCCAACGACCCUGCGUCAGUGUGGAGGGGCCUGCAGGAAAUCACCAGCUACAGACGCCCCGUACCCACUGUUGAAGCAAACAAAGACCUGGCCAACGAGCUAAAUACAUUCUACUGCAGGUUUGAGACGGACAGACUCCCACGCCUCACCCUCCCCUCCCCAGAGACACUGCUUCAGACAAUGACCCCCAACACACCUUCCACUUCUCCCCCCUUCACCCUCCCCUCCCCAAUCCAGUCUCAACGACCACCCCCACCCUCCCCAAUCCAGACCCAACGACCACCACCACCCUCCCCAUUUCAGACUCAACGACGACCAUCACCCUCUCCAAUCCAGACUCAACGACCUCCAUCACACCUCUCACCCCCCUUCCCUCCACCCUGAAACUCAGAAUACACACUGAGGAUGUGAGCCGACUAUUUCAGAAACAGAAGCCCAGGAAAGCCCCCGGACCAGACGGUGUCUCACCCUCCUGCCUCAAGACCUGUGCUGAACAGCUGGCUCCCAUCUUUACUCGCAUCUUCAACAGAUCCCUGGAACUGUGUGAAGUUCCCUCCUGUUUCAAACGCUCCACCAUCAUCCCUGUUCCCAAGAAACCCACCAUCACAGGACUGAAUGACUACAGACCUGUUGCCUUGACGUCUGUGGUCAUGAAAUCCUUUGAACGACUGGUGUUAGC